AUACUUAUAACUAGCAUACUACCAACGAAGUGUGAUAUACGAAUGCAACAUCUACAAAAAUCCAGUUUGAUGUUGAUCUUCGUAGGGAUUGGACGUGUAUCUCUUUGGCGCGCAUCGUAUCAAGAAGAAAAUGCGUUAUUUAGUGAUUGUUGCUGCUGUACUGCUGGCGCUGACUAUUGUGCAGGCACAUCCGGCGAAAGACAAACCGGCAAAAAAUACAUGCCAGAAAGCAUGUACAUUCGACUAUACACCUGUUUGUGGCGGCGUGAAAAACAGCAAGGAUAAGCCAAUAUCAUUCGGAAAUACAUGCGUUCUUGACAAUUACAACUGCGAAAAUCAAAAGAGUUUAGUAGUGCUCUCUCAAGGUGAAUGUCCCGGAGGUAGUGGUGUGAGAUUGCAAUAAAUCAUAAAACGGACUGGAACUGAUAGGUCAUGUUAUUAAUGAACUUUUGAUUGAUGAUCCAUCUUCACUGAAAUAAAAUAUUUCUCGAUGAACAUUAGAAAAGGUCCCAAGUGCAAGUGACAGUUUCUCUUGGUUUACUUUCUCUUUCAAUUAUUACGGCAAAUUCCAGUAAUUUCCAACAAAUUCUACAGUGCAUAUCGAAAGUUGAUGGUUUUUGCUAUAAUCCUAUGUGAAGUGUUAGAUGGAAAGAUUGCUGAUUGGACCGUUAUACUCGAAAGAGAAAGUAAACAAAGAGAAACUGUCAUUUGCACUUAGGACCUUUUCACGUGUUUGUCUUCAUUUGUACUUUCUUAACAGUUAUGAGUUGACUUUUAACGUUAUAUAGUUACUGUUCGUGUUGAUUUAUAUUCAUGUAAAAUUCUAAUAAAAAACGGUUUUACUACCUUUUUGAAA